CUCUCAGCUUCACCUCCUCUCUUGUCCUCCGCUAAAGGACUUGACAGCCAUGAAGGUCUUCAUCCUCGCCUGCCUUGUGGCAGUUGCUCUUGCAAGAGAGACUGAUAGUAUUUCCAGUGAGGAAUCUAUUGAAAGUACCAAUGAGAAACUUCAGAAGGUGAAUCUCAUGGGUCAGCUGCAGGCAGAGGAUGUGCUCCAGGCUAAAGUUCACCCCAGCAUCCAGUCACAACCCCAGGCCUUUCCAUAUGCUCAGACCAUCUCUUGCAAUCCCCUCCCACAAAACAUGCAGCCUAUUGCUCAAGUCCCUGUGGUGCCAUCUUUUGGGCCUGCCAUUUCUCCUGAACUGGAAUCCUUCCUUAAAGCUAAAGCCACCAUCCUUCCCAAGCACAAGCAGGUGCCCUUCCUCAACUCUGAAACUGUGCUUCGCCUCUUUAACUCUCAAAUCCCCAGCCUGGCAGAUCUUGCUAAUCUGCACCUUCCUCAGCCUCUGGUCCAGCUCCUGGCACAGAUUGUGCAGACUUUUCCUCAGACUCCCCUGGUUUCUUCUCAGCCCCUUCCUCAGUCCAAAGUUCUGUACCUUCUGCAGCAAGUAGCACCUUUCCUUCCAUCAGAUAUGUCUGUCCAAGAUCUUCUGCAGUACCUAGAACUUCUGCUUAACCCCACCCUCCAGUUCCCUGCCACUCAACAACUUCAUUCCGUUUCUGUCUAAGAGGAUUUCCAGGUUAUUUUCUCCUCCUCAUUUUUUUGAAUUGACUGAAACUGGAAAUGUACAAAUCUUUUCAUCUUUGGAUCACGCUACAAAAUGAUAUAUUUCUGAAUUAAUCUACAUGGAAAAAGAAAUUUUAUUCUUUUAUUUAUUCUAUGUAUUAUAUGGUAUUCAUUUGAAUUUGACCCAUGGACUCUAUGUGCUUCACAAUUAUAUUACAUGUAAUACUGCAAAUGUUCAAUAUGGAGCUAAAAAUGCAAGACAAUAAUGUAUGCAAAAUAGUUUGUGAAAAACUGGAUUUACUAUUAUUUCCUUGAGAACCUAUUUCCUUUCCAGUCAUUUCAAUAAAAUAAUCCUUUAGGCAUA